AUGUCAGAUAAAUUCGUCACCGCUCAUGCGGGAGCGAAAAAAGUAGAAGCCAGGGUAAAUGACAUCUUCGUCGUUAGACAGACGACAAGCGAGGGACUUCGGGAUUUCCUAUCCCGAUUCAACACGGUAAGAAUGAGCCUACCCAAUGUAUCGGAGGGGAUGGCGGUAGCAGCCUUCAAAAAUAGGUUAAAUAGUAGCGGGUCCAAAGCAACAAAAAAGCUGCUAAGUAGGCUCAUGAAAUACCCUCCCACUACGUGGGUAGAAAUCCAUAACGCAUAUUGUGCCGAAGUAAGGGCAGAUGAGGAUGACCUAAAUGGUCCGAUCCAACGGCUAACCUCAGUACAAACCGAAAUAAGGAGAGACCGCCGUAACGACAGUCGAAGGGACCAACUAUCCCGUUUCAAUCGAGAGAGGCAUCAGCCCUACAUACAGAUGUCCAUCCCACCUCCACCACGAUAUGUAGACGUCACGCCCCGAUGUAUCGUGCCACAACGGAAUGAGAGAGGUAUGCCCCCAUUAUUGUCUGCUCAUAACUUUUGCGUUUCUCCUUUAGAAAUAGUGUAUGCACUAGAAAAGCUCGGCACGAAGGUGCAGUGGCCACAAAAAAUGAAGUCGGAUCCAAGCACCCGGAGAUCGAACGUUCUGUGCGAGUUCCAUCAGGAAAGGGGACAUAAGACCGAAGAUUGCAUAGGCUUGCGACAAGAGGUGGUAAGAAUGCUGAACCAAGGACACCUGAAAGAACUGCUGAGCGAUCGAGGACGGGCUAACUUCGCUCGUGGGCGCGAUCAACCCCAAGGACUCCCAAAACCACCUUCACCGGCUCGUGUCAUACAAAUGAUCAUUGGCGGCGGUGAUGAUACAAUAAUCAACCAUGUGAAGUCCACCACUACACACAAACUCAGGUGA